CGAUGCGGUGGUAUACACUUGUGUUAUUUGCGUUUUGUCUGAGAGAUUAGUUCAGUUACCCUCGACAGUGUAAAAAAAAAAAUAUUUUCGAAUAAAAAUCAUCAACCGUGUGAGAGUAUAAAGUAUUUUCUGUUUCAUUUGUUUCUGGAGUUUUGGAGUAAUAAAUAAAAAAAGACGACGAAUUAACGUGGCUGUGUAUGAGUGUGUACAAGAAUUCAGAGUGCGUCAUGACGUCUCCGCCGGUUUGAGGGUUCUUGUUGAGUGUUGCAAUUUUUUUUUUUUUUUUCAUCCGAGAGAUCAAGAUCAUGGAUUUCUCCGGUUGUACGUGGACAAAGAACGGAUAGAAAGUCUCUGCGAACGGAGAAGUCAGAGGGAACAAGGGGGAGCACGAUACAUCAAGAGAGAAAAGAAAAAACGAGAAAGAGAGAGAGAGACGGAAGAAAAGAGAGGUAGUGAGUGCCAAGAGGGAUUUUUAUAAGCAGCGCGGCGGUGGGCAAGAUGGCGGAUUCGGGCUAUUAUCAGAAUGAUUACACAAGAUAUCCAGUUCUGAGCGAAUUGUCUCACAAGUAUGGAGUCGCUGGGAGUGACCAAGUGCCGCUGCCGGCUCGACUCGACGAGCUUAGAGAACACAUACGAAGGGAAAUACGUAAAGAACUUAAAAUUAAAGCUGGCGCUGAAAAACUUAGGGAAGUUGCUACCGACAGAAAAGCUCUUUCUGAUGUUGCCAUGAUCGUCAAAAAAGCCAAUAGCAAGCUCAACGAACUUCAGGCUGAACUACAACAACUGGAAAGCCAAAUUAUCUUGACGCAAGGCCAACCUCAGUCGCCGCAGCGAGACUACUCCAAUGGUCAAGACACACCUUUAUCACCGAUGGGCCAAUCGUCGCCGAGUCAGGACGGUUUAUUCACCGAUCUUCGGUUAUUAUCGCUCGAAAAGCAGCUAAAUAUCGAGCUCAAAGUAAAACAAGGAGCCGAAAAUAUGAUACAAAGUUUGACGAGCGGUCAUCGCGAUAAAAAAUUACUCCAAGAAGCCCAACAAAUGUUGGACGAUUCACGGGCUAAAAUCGAGUUCCUAAGAAUGCGUAUAAUGAAAGUUCGGCAGGCGCGUCAGCAACAACACGCUCGGGGCGAUGCCCCCUUGCCAAAUGGAGAAACGACCAGUAACAAAGACAAAUACGAGCCGAGUUUGGAGCUCGCGUUGGAGGAGCGGGUCGAAGAAUUGCGUCAUCGAUUGAGGAUCGAGGCCGCGGUCGUCGAAGGCGCAAAGAACGUGAUUAGAUUGUUGCAAAGUAACAAAGUCGCGGACAAAAAGGCGCUGACGGAGGCGCAAGCGAGCCUUUCAGAGUCGAGCAGAAAAUUGGAUCUUUUAAGACUGUCUUUGGACCACCGACGACAAGAAUUACCAGCGGAUAGUGCAACAGCUGCACAACUGAAACGAGAAUUGGCGAGUGUACAAUCGGCCAGUCCCGUUCCCGUUACUUACACUUCGUUACAACCUUUUCGGGGACCGCUCGAAGGCAGGGCCACAAUUCCCGUCUCGUUGUCCAGAUGUGCUGCGGUCACAGGCCAACUCGAAGUUAGAUUGAUGGGUUGCCAGGAUCUCGUUGAAGAAAUUCCCGGCAGAACGAGGCGGGAUCAUCCGGCGAGUCCUGAUUUGCGCAGCUUCGUUAAGGGAGUCACCGGACGCAGCUCCAGCAAAUCUUACAGCGUCAAAGACGAGACGAGCAAUGAUAUAAUGGCGGUGAUAAAAUUGGACAACCAAACUGUAGGUCAAACAAGUUGGCGGCCAUGUUCCCAGCAAGCCUGGGACCAAAGAUUUUCGAUCGAGCUAGACAAAUCGCGUGAGCUCGAAAUCGGCAUUUAUUGGAAAGAUUGGCGCUCAUUGUGCGCCGUUAAAUUUUUACGUCUCGAAGAAUUUAUCGACGACGUUCGACACGGUAUGGCGUUGCAGCUAGAACCUCAGGGUUUGCUCUUUGCCGAAAUAAGGUUCCUCAAUCCAAUGAUCUCGAGAAAGCCCAAACUCCAACGGCAGAGGAAGAUUUUCAAGCAGCAAGCCAAGAACUUCCCACGGGCUAAUCAGAUGAAUAUCAAUGUCGCAACCUGGGGAAGACUCCUCAAAAGAUCUGCACCUUCGAUGCACAACACUCGAAGUUCCGAGAGUCCCCCCUCCGGGCCGCAACCAAUGCAGCUAGUGUUUGACACAUCGUUAGAAGACAAAACGGAGACACCGGGUGAGAUUCCCGAUCCUGAGAAAGGCGGUUUGGGUGGUGCGCGUCCGUUAGGAAUGUCGUCGUCGGGCAGCAGUUUGACCUCCCAAAUGCAUCCGCCUCCUCCACCUUCGGCGCCGCCGCCACCUCCGCCACCACCGUCCAAAAAAAUGUCCUCUUCGUCGAUUGGACCACCGCCUCAGCCAAAGCUCGAUCAAGAAUUACAGAGUGCACUUAAGGAGUUUGAUUUUCUGCACAACGAGGAGAAGGCAGGUGCGAGCUUGAGGCCCCUCGUGACGGAGCCUCGACCAGUGCUGAUUGCACCACCCUCUCCACGCACCCCCUCGCCCCAACCUGUCGUCGAGUUUCCCGAGGAUGAGGUAGUUUACGAGUUGCCUGUAAGGCCGAUGCAGUACCGCGACAGCGCUUACGAGUCGAGAAGGCACUCGCAGCUGACUGGUAUGACCUUGGAAAACUUCACGCUUCUUUCGGUACUGGGCCGUGGACAUUUCGGCAAAGUAAUACUCUCGCAGUACCGCAACACCGGGGAAUACUUUGCGAUAAAAGCUCUCAAGAAGGGAGACAUAAUUGCGAGGGACGAGGUCGAUUCGUUGCUCUCAGAAAAACGAAUAUUCGAGGUUGCCAACGCCACGAGACAUCCUUUCCUCGUCAACUUAUUUGCCUGCUUCCAAACCGAGGCCCACGUAUGCUUCGUUAUGGAAUACGCUGCAGGUGGUGAUCUCAUGAUGCACAUACACGCCGACGUUUUCGGCGAGCCACGUGCUGUAUUUUAUUCGGCUUGCGUCGUUCUCGGUUUACAAUAUUUGCACGAGAGUCGCAUUAUCUACAGGGAUUUGAAGUUGGAUAAUCUCUUACUUGACACUGAGGGAUAUGUGAAAAUAGCCGAUUUUGGCCUCUGCAAAGAAGGAAUGGGAUAUGGAGAUCGAACCGGAACUUUUUGCGGUACUCCUGAAUUUUUAGCGCCUGAAGUUCUCACCGAAACUUUGUACACUCGCGCCGUCGAUUGGUGGGGACUGGGAGUUUUAAUAUUUGAAAUGCUGGUCGGCGAGUCGCCUUUCCCUGGAGACGACGAAGAAGAAGUUUUCGACUCCAUAGUUCACGACGAAGUUCGCUAUCCACGAUUCUUAUCUUUGGAAGCGAUCGCAAUCAUGAGACGUCUGUUGAGGAAAAAUCCCGAUCGGCGAUUAGGCAGCAGCGAAAGAGACGCCGAGGAUGUCAAGAAACAAGCUUUUUUCCGAAAUAUUGCGUGGGACGAUUUGCUCUUGAGACGCGUCAAACCGCCGUUCGUGCCGGUGAUUGACUCUGUGGAGGAUGUAAGCAACUUUGACGAGGAGUUCACAUCAGAAAAGCCUCAGCUGACACCACCCAAAGAUCCACGACCGUUGAGCGACCUGGAGCAAGCUCAUUUCAGGGACUUUACGUAUAUGGCGGAUUGGUGCUAGCGGCAGAAGUGAAUAUCGUCGAAAUAAGCGGAGCCGGAGGAGGCGCAAAAUAGAAUAUAACGUGAAGGAAGCCUCCACGGAGCGGAGCACGCAUAUCCACGAGAAAAUCUCUCUGGACUCUAAGUUUUCGCUUUGUUGCGACAAUUUGUAUAUUUUUAAUGAUAUUAAUCUUAGCUGGUUACGCAUGAAAAGUUAAAGAAUCGAAAGAAAAAAAAACGGUUGAGAAACAUGAAUUUCGAAGCAGCUUCGCAAUUAAAAAUGCGUAAAACACGUCGGCCUUUCGCUCCCGGAGAAUGGCAACGGGUGCGAUGGUAAUUUAUGUAAAACUUAGAGAGUUGUCUAUUUUUCCCUCUUUAUACUCCAUUUUCUUUUUUUUCACUCCCACCACCACUUGCACAAUCAAAACCCUCAAUUUUUUCCACAACUUUACCAACUUAUUCAAAUUUGGUAUUUUUCAAUCGUGACCCAAACUCCUUAACUUUGGAAAAAAACUUUUCACACUUUUCGCAUACAAUCCAAUCUCAUUUUGGUAAUAAAAAAACAACGAGGGCUCGAAACAUCUCGAUUCCCUCAGUCAAGGAACGUCCUGGAAACUGAACAAAUACUUAUUCGGAAUUGAAAUUUCGUAGCUUUUUAUACUGAGCUAUCGUCCAAGUUAAAGUUUUAUUAAAUCGUGUAACCAACCAAUCAGAAUCAAAACUCUCGAAUUUGCAUGGAAAACUCAAUAAUUUAUCAAUAAAUUAUGUAAAACAUUGAAAGGCAUAUAUUUCGAAGCGUUUUUCCAUUUUUAUUUUCACUCUUAUAUUAAGAAUUUCUUUGAAAUGCGUUACUUUAUUCCCGACUCAACGAGCCGUUACAUUUGUACAUUUGCAUGAAUAUUUCAAAUAAAAGCAUGGUGAGCACUCAGUGAAAAAAGCGGUUACAAAAGGGAAUGGGAAGUUAUGGUUCUGAUUGGAAGGAAGAAAACUCAAAAAAAAAUCAUGGUAUUCGGAAAGGUAGAAAAAAAAAGAAGAAAAACAAAUGUUCGAACAACUUGUGAUAUAUCAGGCAACUUGUCGAUCUCUCCCGUUGCCUUAAAGUGUUAGAAAAUUUUUAUAGUUUGGUAAACUAUUUUAUACGAAAAAAAAUAAGCAAAAGAAAAUGAAUAUUGUACUACGACAAAAAUCUGGAUUUAUCCACAAAAAAACAAUCACAUGAGUGAGGACAAAAGAACAAAAACACAUUUAAAAAAUGCUAUUAUCGGAAGAAGCUGUGACCAAAUUGAUAUGAGAUUUUCGUUACAAAAGACCCAAAAAGCAAAAAAAAAGUGAUUCGUAUGGAUCUAUCCCGGAAGUGCCCUUAAGAAAUUUUGUACACAAUUUUCUUUUGAAAACAAUGUUCCUACGUGUAUACUUUAGUACACGUGGUUUUUAAUACUGUAAAAACAAAAACAAAGAAAAAACGGGUUAAGGGACUAAAAUGCAUGUUUUUUACGUAAAAACCCAGUGAAAAAAAUAUAUUAAACAAAAAUCAUUGCGUUACAAGUUUUAAAACGAUUUUUCUUCAAUCCAUCCGCCGAGUCGACUCACGGGAGUUAUUAUUUUAUAAAAACGAAGCAACUUCGUUAAUCCGUUGUUUAUCUUUUCAAAUGUACACUAUUUGUUUUCUUUUAGGUUAUUUUAUCCUCUCGUAAUGGUUAAUUCCACCCUCAUUGUGCUGUAAAUCUUAUAUUCGAUUAACUAACAGAUUGUAAGAUAACGUUCCAGUAAUUACAUUUGUAAGAAUGCAUAAUAUGCAUAUAUUGUUAAAAACAACAAAAAAAAACAUAAUGAGCGACGAGGACAUAUAUAUUAUAUGCGAAUUUUCAAAUGAA